GACCAGCGUGAGCCAGGCAGGCACGCCAGCGACUCUUAUUUGGGAUUGAAGCAUCCGCAGAGCUUAAAAGGAGGGGGGCCAUAUGUUUGGUUUUAUGGCUUGACGGACACGGGGUGGCGGCUCUUCCGGAUUAAUCCACCCCCAAACGACACGAUCCGGCCCAGGGGCGUGAGUGAGCGGGAGAGGUUCGCGGGGCUAAUCCCUUCAAGUGAAUCCGGAGCCUCGGAGUGUGAACGCCGCGUCGUGGCAGUGAUGGAUCCGGAUUAGCUAGAUCCGGAGCAAGGCGCGUGCCAGGAGCCGGUGGGGCUGCCUGCCGCUGCUGGGGCUCCUCCUGCGGGGCCGCGGUCGGUGGGUGAGCCGGAGCGAGGAGGGCGCUUCGGGCCCCGCCGCCGCCGCGGCCUCUGAGGGGAAGGCAGCGGGUUGCGGGGGAGGCGGCCGGCGCCACCACGCCAGGCCUCCGCUUCGGGGCGCUGUGGCUCCUCCUCAGCAGCCCGGCUGGUCGGCGGCGGCGGCCCUUCGGUAGCGGCGGCGGCGGAGGCGGCGAGGGCGGGACCGGGAAGGAGGCAGGCCGGCCAGCCAGCCAGCGAGCAAGCAGGCGGCCCCGGCGGCGGCAGCAGCAGCAGCAGCGGCGGCUCCUCCGGUCUCCUCCCCUGGCCCGGCGGCGGCGGCGGCUUCGAGCGAGCGGCGUUCUGAGAGGCGGGAGGCCGAGAGCCGGGCUAGGCCAGGGCGGGCCGGAUCGGCGCCACGGCGGGCGGCGGCCCCGGCAGCCCCAGCGCGUCUCCACCGCCGACCCCCGGCCAGCGCGGCGGGGACAAAGAGCGGCGGCGGCGGCGGCGGCCUCGGCCUCCUCCUCCGGCUGCUGCUGCCGCUUCUCGGACCGAGCGGCGACGACGACGACGAGGCGGGCCCGGGACCGGAGAGAGGCCUAAAGAAGAGUGGAGCAGGGCCAUGAGUGCUGCUGGGGGAUCGCCUUGCUAGGACCUUGAGGGCCUCGCUGACUUGAUAUUGGAGACCCAGAAGUGGGGAAGGGAGAGAACUGCACACUGUCCCUGUUCCCCCUCUGGCGGGAAGGAGGGGAGAGUCUCUUCACGGAUGAUGGAACCUCUGACCCGCCCCAGUGGAGAUAUAAUGCGGCGGAAUCCGCAGCAAGACUAUGAACUCGUCCAGCGAGUGGGCAGUGGCACGUAUGGAGAUGUCUACAAGGCCAGGAAUUUGCACACCGGCGAGUUGGCUGCGGUAAAAAUUAUCAAGUUAGAGCCAGGUGAUGACUUUUCCUUGAUACAGCAAGAGAUCUACAUGGUUAAGGAAUGCAAACACUGUAACAUUGUGGCUUACUUUGGAAGCUAUCUCAGCCGUGAAAAGCUCUGGAUUUGUAUGGAGUACUGCGGAGGAGGAUCCCUUCAAGAUAUUUAUCACGUGACGGGGCCGCUGUCAGAGUUGCAGAUUGCAUACGUUUGCAGAGAGACGUUACAGGGGCUUGCUUAUUUGCACAUGAAAGGCAAAAUGCACAGAGACAUUAAGGGUGCAAAUAUCCUGCUGACGGACCAUGGAGACAUCAAGUUGGCUGACUUCGGCGUAGCAGCAAAAAUCACAGCCACCAUUGCAAAGAGGAAGUCGUUUAUUGGCACCCCUUACUGGAUGGCCCCAGAAGUGGCAGCCGUAGAAAAGAAUGGAGGCUACAACCAACUCUGCGACAUCUGGGCUGUGGGCAUCACUGCCAUCGAGCUUGGAGAGCUGCAGCCACCCAUGUUCGACCUUCACCCGAUGAGGGCUCUCUUUCUAAUGUCCAAAAGCAACUUCCAACCUCCAAAGCUAAAGGAAAAAACGAAAUGGUCAUCAGUAUUCCAUAAUUUUGUAAAAGUAGCACUUACAAAAAAUCCAAAGAAGAGGCCAACGGCAGAAAGACUUCUUAGUCAUAGCUUUGUUGGGCAGCCUGGGCUUUCUCGAUCGCUCGCCGUUGAACUGUUGGACAAAGUCAACAAUCCUGAUAACCACCCCCAUUAUAGCGAGGCAGAUGAUGACGACUUUGAGCCUCAUCCUGUCAUCCGCCACACCAUUCGCUCUACCAACCGGAAUGUGAGAGCAGAAAGGACCGCGUCGGAAAUCAACUUUGACAAGUUGCAGUUUGAGCCACCUUUAAGGAAGGAGACGGAAGCACGGGACGAAAUGGUGGUAGCAGCGGGUGCACACUUUGCUUCACACUGGAAUCCUUUUGUUGACGGCGGAAGUUGCACCAAGGGCCUUCUUACCAAAUUUGGCGAUGGCCACGAAGAUGCUGAGGAAUCAACACUGAAACGAGCAGGACCCCCUCCUCUGCCUCCAAAGCCUAGGCUCAGUAUUUAUCAGGAAGAAAGCCUUGUUGAUGACGAGAAGUCCCAGACGAUUAAGUAUUGCCCUGACUCCCGUAAUCAAGCCCCUCCGGCUCAUAGGAGGCAAAGCAUCCCCGUGUGUGGACCCCAAGUCGAGCCUUCGCCUAUUGGCAUGACCAGCAGCGUCAGCAGUCCUGGCUUGCUCACCGCCCGAUACAGCGACAUAGGCAAUGGGGACAGUGUGCCGAAACUCCUUGAGGAAAAUGCCGAUUGUUUGGGGCACAUGCCACAGCUGCCACGGAAAAAGGAGAAACGGGAAUUUCCGCCAGCAAUCAAUGGCCUACCGCCAACACCAAAGGUGCUGAUGGGAGCAUGCUUCUCCAAAGUGUUUGAUGGCUGCCCUUUGAAGAUCAACUGUGCCACAUCAUGGAUACAUCCAGACACAAAAGAUCAGUAUAUUAUCUUUGGGACCGAAGAGGGAAUUUAUACGCUGAACCUCAAUGAGCUUCACGAAGCCACCAUGGAACAGCUGUUUCCACGGAGGUGUACGUGGCUGUAUGUGAUCAACAAUACCUUAAUGUCACUCUCAGGGAAAACAUUCCAGCUCUACUCUCAUAACCUGAUAGCUUUGUUUGAACAAGCCAAAAAAACAGGACUAGCGGCUCACAUUCAGACCCAUCGAUUCCCUGAUAAAAUAUUACCAAGGAAGUUUGCCUUAACAACAAAGAUCCCUGAUACAAAAGGGUGCCAUAAAUGCUGUAUAGUAAGAAACCCAUAUACGGGCCAUAAAUACCUCUGUGGAGCUUUACAGUCGGGGAUCGUUUUGCUUCAGUGGUAUGAACCAAUGCAGAAAUUUAUGUUAAUAAAGCACUUUGACUUCCCUUUGCCAACCCCCUUGAAUGUAUUCGAAAUGCUGGUGAUCCCAGAACAGGAAUACCCCAUGGUGUGCGUCGCCAUCAGCAAGGGGGCUGAACCAAAUAAAGUCGUUCAGUUUGAAACGAUCAACUUGAAUUCGGCUUCUUCGUGGUUUACGGAAAUGGGUGCAGGUUGCCAACAACUCGAUGCCAUCCACGUCACCCAGCUGGAGAGAGACACGGUUCUGGUGUGCUUGGACAGAUUUGUAAAAAUUGUGAAUCUGCAAGGAAAACUGAAGUCAAGCAAGAAGUUGGCCUCAGAAUUGAGUUUUGAUUUCCGCAUUGAAUCUGUAGUGUGCCUUCAGGACAGCGUCCUGGCCUUCUGGAAGCAUGGGAUGCAGGGCAAGAGCUUUAAGUCGGACGAGGUCACCCAGGAGAUCUCAGAUGAAACCCGGGUCUUCCGCUUACUGGGUUCAGACAGGGUGGUGGUGCUGGAAAGCCGACCGACGGACCACCCAACUGCACACAGCAACCUCUACAUUUUGGCAGGCCAUGAAAACAGUUACUAGGCAACUGUAACCCGACUCGGAGAGCAAGCCAAGGAAUACGUCGCCGCCGCAUAAGGAAACAGCCCUUUAAGGAAACUCUGUACCAGCCGGAUGCCGGCACCCGUCUCUCCUCUCCCGCCCGCCCAGUAUGCUUUGCCCUGUCAGUAUCCAAAUGGACCCCCGUCUUUAGGAUCGAGAGCCAAAAGUUGUGUGUGUCUUGCAGCUGGGAAGCAGCUGUUCUGUCACUUGCCACUAUGUGGUUGGUUAUGUCAAGUUUGCUUAAUAAAAGCUAUGAGAUAAUUAGUCCCUUUUGUUCGUUAGGCCUACGGAUGCAUGAAAACCCCAGAUGCAAUAAUGGUGCCAUAUAACGUGGAUCUUGGCGCUCUGGUUAAAAACCUGGGGCGGCAUUUCUUCCAUUCUUCUGAUAAUGCCUACAUUUGAAUGCAGGUGGCUGAGAAUAAAAGCAGAAAUGGAGCGGGAGGGAAUAUCUUGAGGGCAAGACCCAUUGGGGACUCCUCCUUUGUGGGUUCUAUGCAGGUCCCCCAGAAAUGCCCCUAUUUCCAUGGGCCAUCAACAGGAGAAGAUCCUAAUACGUUGCGUGAGUGACUGUGUGUGUGCGCAUUUUAAGCAACUGUUCUCUGUGGGUUUGUAAAAUAGACUAUUUAAUCCUUAUUUAUUAAUCUGCUGCUAGGGUGGAAUUGAUGUAUCCUAACUUUUAGCACAUGAAGGUUGCAGAGCAGCUUCUGGUUUUGGGUGGGCAGGGAGGGAACGUCUUUCUUUUUUACAAUUGUACAAAGUACCCUGCAUUCAUUUGGCCCUUUUUCCUCUUAGGUGUAGCAGAUUGUCUUAGGGAGGUGUUUUAUAUAAUGGGGGUGUGGGGGGAAAUUCCCUUUUGGCUAUUCCUCUAUACAUGCAGUUUUGUACAAGAGUAUUUUGUAUGGGUUUUGUCUGCAGAAUUUGCCAUAAAAGGGAAUUUUGGCAUUUACUGAAACAAUAAAUGUACAUUGUGGAAAUACAAGCUGGCUCUUAAAGAGGAAAUGCUGUUAGAGAUUGUUUGGGGUGGGUGUGUGUGUGUGUGUGUGUGUGUGUAUAUAAAGAUUGUGUGUGCAUGAGCAGAUGUCUGGAGGGGAAGCCGCUUAUGCGUGUUUUCAUAAGCUGAUGAAAAUGUAGUGGGGGAAAGAGGUGAGGGCCUCAUCCAGUUGGGUCUUCAUGGAUCUGUGCCUCUUGACCCAACCCAGUCCAGACAUGGUGGAGGUCUCCACCCACACUGAUCAUGGCUGAUCCCUGACAGGACAGCUGUCUAACCACCAGGGCUUGGUCGAGCCCUUUCAGAUGGGUUCUUGUGCUCACUGUGGCGGUGGGCAGGGGUGUCCCAUUGGAAAAGGUACCCGCCUUUUCCUGGAAUAGCUUCCCUUCAGUUCCAGGGUCAGCCCAGGGACUCAGGAAGCCAACUGGAUGAGUCUUUCCAAGGUGUAAUGCCCCGGCAUCUUACAGAAGAGAAGUCUUAAAACACUUUGAUCUGUUCUUGGACACAUAUAUUGUAUUUAUACUGUGCCAGGAGGGAGCUGGAGAAAGUGCAGUGCCUGGAAAACCUGGAUUUCCCUUAGUCUGGGCAUGUUUGAAUGCUUGGGUUAUUUCUCAGUGGUAUAGUAUAAAGAUAUAAGAAGCAGUAUUGUCUAAUAAAUCUAGGGGGGGUCCACCUUCCUCUUCAAGGCUGUCAUCCAUGUUUCUUCUUUUUGCUUUCCUCCAUUAAAGUAUCCCUUUGUUCCUGA